UUUAGUCAGCUGCAGUGUGUCUCUGUCUGAGAAUCAAAUAGAGCUGUAUCCAUUUAUAUCUGUCUAAACUAACUUAUUCUGCACUAAAUAAUAUUUAAGGGGUGACAUUACCCCAUUCGAACAGCUGCGUGUGAGCCAAUCCAUCUCAAUGAGCCCCCUGUCUCUUAAAGAAGUACAACAACAACAACAACAACAACAACAACAACAAAAAGCGACCGCUGGCUCUGACGCUGCUGCUGCUGCUGCUCUCCGUCGCUCUGCAGGCUGCUCUGCUCCGACCACUGGACAACAUCUGCCCACUCCUGGAGACACGUCCACGCCGCCAGCAUGGUCGCCACCAGCACGUUGAAGACCAAGAGCAGCGAAUGCAUUUCCGAAUUGGUUGACCGAAGAUAUGACCGGGCUUGCAUUGACAAAGAACUGGACUUCUGGGAUCACUGCUUGGCCGAACCCCAGGGGAACGCCGACGCGGCCGAAGACCGCAGCUGUCGACAGCUGGCCAAGAUGUUUGAAGACUGCCUGUCUCGAGCCAAGAAGACGACGCUGCACUGCUCCUCCGUGCUGGUGCCGGAGAAGCUGACGCGGCGGAUCGCCCGCGAGGUCCUGCGGCUGGCGUCCUGCGAGCCCUGCGGCCUGCGCGGCUGCGUCCUCUACGUGGACCUGGAGCUGGACAAGGGCUGCGAGCGGCUGGAGCGCAUCGCCUGCGACGCCACCGUGGUGCCCACGUUCGAGCUGACGCUCGUGUUCAAGCAGGACGGCGCCGCCUGGCCCAGCCUGCGGGACUUCCUUUUCAUGGGAACUUGCUUCGCCCCGACGUUUAGGCACGUACUCAAACUGAGUCCGGGUUUCCGGCUGGUCAAGAAAAAACUGUACUCUUCCUCGGCUGGUACCGUGGUAGAGGAGUGCUGAACUGUGGGGGGGGGGGGGGGGAUUAGCGCGGUGAUAUCAGGUUUCACCUCUGCCCGAAUGUAAAUGACACUGUGGUGGUGUCAUGUUUUCUACAGUGGACUUGUACAAUGCUAUUUGUCGGAUUUACUCCCAAGUAGCCAGUUGAUUCAGUUUUGGAACUUGGGAUGUGAAGUCAAAUAACUUGUAUGCCUACUGCCUGAUAGUUCUCGGUCUGGGUUCAGUGUUUCUAGUCCCGUUUUUGGUUUUGGUUUGUUUUUAAUUGGCACAAUUGUAAUAUUCUGUCUGCUCAAACACACUUUUUGGAACUGUAAGUUCGGUAGAUGAAUGUAAAACAGUGGUCCACACGUUUGAGAGGGGACAUACUGUGGGCUACGCUUUAAAGACACGAGCCACUUUGUUGGUGCAUCGGCUUGUCUCCCGUUCAGCAGCUGUGAGGCGGAGGCUGAGAUCUCGUCUUUGGGGGCCAUGUGUAGCUUGUUGUGUAAUGCUGUUAUUUGGGGGCGGAGGAUGGUUUUAAGACUGAACGUCUUGUGGAAAUGCUGCUGUCAAGUUGUCAGUUCCUCACUAUCGGGGAAUGCAGAUGCCUUAAAUGUCACAGAACUGUACAUUUCUCUUCACUAUGAGCUGUUCGUAUGAAUGUAAAUGUUUUAUUGUAUUUUAUAUACCCCCUCCCCCCCUCUCCCCUGGUCUUGGUCUCAAUAGAGCGCCUUUAGAGACUAUUAAAUAGAUGGUUCAUACAAAUGUAAAAGCUUAUUUGUUUUUAUGUAACUUUUGGCUCCUCUGUUCUUUUUGAACUUCCCGUUGAAUGAAAAUGUCUUCUCGAUUGGACAAUAAAAAAAAUCCUAACCUUA